AUGUCAACCUCCACCGAAUCCCUCCCCAUAACCCCCCAGGCUUUCGCCGCAGCUCUGGAGGACCUCCCCGUCUCGGCCCUGCACCUCAAGGUCCUCGAAAUCUACAACUCCAUCGCCCACCUCAAGUACUCCAACGAGCAGCUGCGCCCCUUUGCGGAAGGCAUCGAGGCCCCUCUUGGCUCCAGCAGCAGCACCGGCGAGUCAGCGCAAAACCAACCCGACCCGGACUGCGUCGAAGCCAUCCGCGAGAACGAGCAAGUCAUAGUCCGUAUGGAGGAGCGCGUCCAGCUGGUCAAGAACGAGGUCGAGCGCAGGGGACUCAGCUGGACCGAAUUCGAAAGCAAGGAGGAGGUCGAGGCUGCUGCGGCGAGGAAUAGGGCUCGCGGACCGGUGGAGACUGGUGAAGACUCGGACAACGAGGAGGAGCAGCAGCAGCAACCGAUGACAAAUGGAACUUCGACGACAACAACAACAACACAGCACCCCGCUUGGAUGGAUGGGACGUUCCAGACUGGAGUGAUUAGAAAUGGAGAGAUUGUCAUGGACGAUGUUGCUGGAUCGAGUAGACAGCAAGAGCAACAAGGUGUUGGUGCCGCCACUGGCGCUGGCGCUGGUGGUUCGCUAAGUGAUGAGGAACUUAGGAGGAGGAUAGAGGAGCAACUACGGGACUUGGGAGGGGAAGGUGACGAGGAGGAAGGUGGUAUGCACCUGUGA